AUAAUAAAUUAGCUUAUAUGUUCGUAAUUUGUAAUAACUUAUUAAUAAAAUUCGUAGAAUAAAUCGUGUAAUACUAGUUGGCUAUGCCGUCAUAAAAAUUUUUUCAAAGUUUCUUUUAGUCUAAAUUAAUAAUGUUAGAAUCACGUUUUACUCCCAAAAGUCUACCACAAUGGGUUCGUUUAAUAUCCCAGUUUAAAACACAACGAACUGACUGCAUACCAGCAGUACCUCAACGUAAAGUGAUCGAUCCUAAGGCUUGUUAUACUAGGGACAAAGGGCUAAUUCUUGGAAUAUAUUACAAUGAGAACGUCAUCGGUGAUCCUGCCAUACUAACCGCGAGUGCCCAGAAUUACGAUAAACAAUGUAAUGGAAAACUCUGGAAGGUGUUAAAGUUAUCACCUAUACCUAAACUCGGAGAGUCCAGAAUAUUUUUUGAUUUAGAUCCUCUGUACGCAUAUGUAGCUGUAGUUGGUCUUGGAACGGAAUGCCUAACCUUUAAUAGUACCGAACGAAUGGAUGAAAGCAGAGAAGCAAUAAGAAUAGCCGCCGGCAUUGGAGCUAAAUCCUUGCAGGAGUUUCAUCCUAAAAGUAUAUAUGUAGAAUCAUUUGGCAACGCCGAAGCGGCCGCCGAGGGCGCAAGCCUAGCGAUGUGGCAAUUCAGAGAAUAUAAGAGCUCUGUCAAACCAAAGUUUUACCCAAAAUCAUCUAUCUAUUUGUACGACGACUGCGAUGUACACGGCUGGAAUAAAGGUAAACUGAAGGCUGAAUCGCAGAACUUGGCUCGUUAUUUACAAGAAAUGCCCGCAAAUUUAUUAAAUCCAACAUCAUUCGCAAAAAUUGCUGUAGAAUUACUGUGUGAACUGGAUAUCAACGUGGAAGUUAAAACACAAGGAUGGGCGGCUAACCACGAAAUGGGUGGGUUUGUUGCCAUUGGAAAGUCAUCCGUACAGCCUCCUCUCUACGUUGAAAUAAGUUACUUUGGUGCAGACGAAUGCACAAGACCAAUAGUGCUGAUCGGUAAAGGAGUAACAUUUGACAGCGGCAGUUUAGAUCUGAAACCGCCAGAAGAACUGAGAUAUAUGAAAGGCGAUAUGGCGGGAGCGGCUUGCGUUCUAGCAGUAACUAGAGCUGCGGCAAGGAUGAAGCUACCAGUCAACAUACGAGGCAUAUUACCGCUUUGCGAGUUGAUGCCGAAUGGAAAUAGUCCUAAGUUUGGCGACGUAGUAUGCAAUGCCAACGGUAAAUCCGUUCAUAUAAGGCUCCCGUCGCGAGAGGGUCGUCUUCUGAUUGCGGAUAGCCUUGUUUACGCACGAAAUUACUGGCCCAAAUUCAUACUCGACAUAGGCACCAUGUCAAAAGAGCUUGUGAAUACUCUUGGAGGAGGUGCAUGCGGCUGCUACACCAACUCGGACGAGCUAUUUUGCUAUUUAGAAUCGGCAAGUUGCCAAACUGGGGACAGAAUAUGGCGGAUGCCGCUGUGGAAAUUUUAUGAAGACCGUAUAAAAGACUGCCAUACAGCAGAUGUGGCUAAUACGGCACGCCAUAAUUUCGGAGAUUCACCAAAUUGUGCUGCGUUUUUACGGCAGUUCAUCUGCGAUACUAAGUGGAUUCAUCUAGACACUUACAAUGUGGCAUACUCAAAAGGAUGGGAUAUUCCUUACUUAAGACGCGGCAUGACCGGCCGGCCCACGAGGACGGUCAUAGAACUAAUGUCCCAACUCUUGGCGGAUAACAAAUUAUGAGUUUCAUAAUUUACACGUAAAUUUGAUUGUAAUUUCACAAUUUGUACAUAAAAAUAAAAUAUCUAUAUAAUUGGACAAUAAAUAUAUAAAUAAGUA